AUGAGAAGGGACGGGAAAAAGAAAAUGGAAUAUCAGAUGGCCGACUCUGUAAUUUCAUGUGUUAUAAGUAAGCUGGGCGAUUUACUCAUUCAAGAAGCAGUUUUGUUGUCCGAAGUGAAAGACCAAGUUGAAGGGCUUCAAACUGAACUGAGGAGGAUGAAAUGCUUCUUAAAAGAUGCAGAUACAAAUCAAGAAGAAGACCAACGACGGAUCCACAACUGGAUUACAGAAAUUCGAAAGGCUGCUGUGGAGGUGGAGACAACUGUCCUCGACUAUAUCCAAGCAGUAAAAGUAGCACAGAAAAAGAGCUUUGUGACAAGGUGUCUUUGCAUCGUCAAGGAAGGUGUAGAUCUCCACAACUUUGGAAAGAAAGUUGAAAAAAUCCAACGGAAGAUCCUUAACAUCUCUAGUAGUCGAAAAAACUAUGGAAUUAGAAAUAUUGGUGAAAGAUUAGAACGGGCGGGAACCUCUUCAGCUGAGAUGCAACAACAGUUGAGAUGGAGCUAUUCACAUGUUGUCGAUGAAUAUGUUAUUGGCUUGGAUGAAGACACCAUGGAGAUAGUAGACCAGUUGGUUGUUGAAGAAAGAAGGCUUAGAGUGAUUUCCAUUGUUGGAAUGGGGGGUCUGGGAAAGACAACCCUUGCCAAGAAAGUCUACAACCAUAACGAUGUUAAGCAUCACUUUGAUUGUUGUGCAUGGGCUUUCAUAUCUCAACAACCAAGUUGGAGAGAUGUAUUGCAGAGAAUAAUUAAGGAGGUUGAGCGUCCCAGUAAGAAAAAGAUAUCGUUGGAGACAAUGCAAGAGAAUGAGCUGGUGGUGGAGCUUCAUAGAACAUUGGGAGUGAAGAGAUAUCUGGUGGUUCUUGAUGAUAUAUGGAGAAAAGAUGAUUGGAAUCGAUUGAAACCUGCCUUUCCAAAUGGGAGGAAUGGAAGCAAAAUAAUGCUCACUACCCGCAAUAAGGAGGUUGCUCUGCAUGCUGAUCCAUUUAGCAUUCCCCAUGAGCCGCAGUGUUUAACACCAAAUCAGAGUUGGGAUCUGUUCUGUAAGAAAGCAUUCCGAGAAAACAUGGGUGAUACAAGUAGUAGCAGCAGCUGCCCUUCUCCUGGUCUGGAGAAGAUAGGAAAAGAGAUGGUGCAGAAAUGUUGCGGCCUGCCUCUUGCCAUUGUUGUACUAGGAGGGCUCUUAGCAACAAAAGGUUCUUCUUUCUCUGAGUGGGAAGUGGUUCAUGAAAGUGUUAAAUCCAUCUUCACAGCAGAUGAACCUGGAGGAGUGAUGAAGAUAUUAGCUUUGAGCUACCAUGAUCUGCCUUUCCACCUAAAACAGUGUUUCCUUUAUCUGGGACUUUUCCAAGAGGACUCUGAGAUCUCCAAAAGGAGAUUGAUCCAAUUGUGGCUUGCUGAGGGUCUCAUAACUACAGUGCAGGAAUGGAGAGGAGAAGAAACAAAGGAGGGCCUUGCCAAUAAGUAUUUAGAGGAGCUACUCAAUAGGUACAUGGUUCAGGUGGCGUCAGUGAGCUUAAGUGGAAAAGUUAAAACCUGCUGUAUUCAUGACCUUCUGCGCGAUCUGUGUGUGACAAAAGCGAAGGAGGAGAAUUUCUCUGAGAUCUAUCACCCCACAAACACUUCUUAUAUGCCAAAGCUUGCUGUACAUUAUGAGACAGAUAAGUUCUUUUCCUCUCUCAAUCAGGAUAAUCCACACCUCUUUUCUCUCUUCUUCUUUAUUGGGUUAAGGGACAAUAGCCAGCUAAAGCUUGUCUUUAGGAGAUUCAAAUCACUUCAGGUUUUGGAUCUUGAGGGAGUCUAUGUUAGAAGACUACCUAGGGAAGUAGGAAAUUUAGUCCACUUGAAAUAUUUGGGCCUAAGGAACACUAACAUAGAGAAACUUCCAAAGUCCAUAGGCAACCUAUGGAACUUGCAAGCCAUGGAUUUGUUUCACCGGCAUGACCCUCACCAUAAACAAAUUGUACCCAACGUGGUGUGGAAGAUGAAAGAGUUGAGAUAUUUGUAUCUUCCUAAUGAUCUUCAUUGUAGUGCACAGUGGCGAAUUAGCACUUUGAGAAACCUUCAGACCCUAUGGAAUAUUUUUGCUGGUACUUGGAUAGACAAAGGAUUGGCCAAAUUGACUAAUCUAAGGAAAUUGAGUAUUCGGGGAAUUUGGGGUCCGAACCAGGGGAAUGUUGUUCUAGAAUCCAUUGUAAAAUUCAACAACCUUCAAUCCUUGAAGCUGCAGUCGGAUCGACUACUUUCAAGUUUGGCACCACUUUCUGGUUUUCAGCGUCCCCUUAGAUUGUGUUUGGUGGGAAAUAUAGAAAAGCUACCUGGGCCAAAUGAUUUUCCAUCAAAACUUACCAAGUUGUCCUUAAAAAGUUCUGGGUUUGGACAAGAGCAACUGAAGGCACUUGGGGAACUGCCAUGCUUAAUGGUUCUUGACCUCCAUGCCAAAUCAUACCUUCCAAAGGAAAUAAUUUUCACAUCUCAAGGUUUCUAUCAACUUGAGUUUCUUGGUUUUUUGGAACUUGAACUAGAAAGCUGGUGCAUUGAAGAAGGAGCAUUGCCAAGACUUAAGCGUUUGCAUCUGCAAGACUGCCAUAGGAUGGAAAUGAUUCCAGAAGGAUUGAGGUCUGUGACUACGCUCCGUGAAUUCAAUGUGCUUGAUAUGCCGAAAGAAUUUGAAGACAGGCUUGACAACAGCAAUGGAGAGGAUUUCUACAAAGUCCAGCACAUACCUUAUAUCAGAUUUGAUAGGAAAUUUCGAAGACUACCAAUACGAUGA